AUGGACGCGGCCAAAGACGAGACACGAGAGAACAUCAAGAAACGGAGAAUAAAACAGGCUUGUGAUUACUGCCGAACGAAAAAAGCUAAAUGUGAUGGAUUAUCUCCAUCAUGCACCAACUGCACCAUCAAUAACGAGAAAUGUACAUACACAUACUCGUCCAAGAGGCGAGGGUUGCCCACUGGUUACACGCAUGAACUAGAAAAGAAAGUUGCCAUACUUCAGGCUGUGCUUGCUAGCGCAAUACAACAGCGACCGGAAUUUGAGAGUGCAGUGUGGAGUAGUUUGGAAAAUCACCAUGACUUGAUCAAUAAUUUAAGAGACUUGAAUCAGAUAUGGAAAGACCAUUCAAUUUCAAAGUUUGUUGAGACGAUUUUGCAUCAGGAAUCUCCCAUGUUCAAGAAUUUCAAAAGUCUAGGGUCACUUAAAUCGGAAGCAUCCAAUGGGAUUAGUGACGGUAGGAGCAGUGUGGGUAGUGCAUUACAACUGCCACCAAGCAGCUCGAGCAACAAUAAUAACAACAACAUCAUCGUGAAGCAGGAAAAGGUUACUGCUACUACUACUACUACAACAGCAACUACUCCCUCUGAAAAUCUUGAGGUGGCUCCAAUCUCGAACCAGAUUACCUAUCCAGCAGCGCAAGUGGCCUCCAACUCGCAAGCGCAAGAACAACCACCGUGGCUGUUUAACAACAAUCUACCAACAUCACAGGAACUAUACGAGACCAACAACUUUGUCAAUGACCCCUCAUUCUUUCUAAACUAUGACAUUUUCCAAUUCAUUUCCGAUGAAGUCGAGUCGUCUGGGGGAGCAGAAAAUUGGGAACCCGUUGCACUACAAUACCAUGGGUUGUCAUCCAUCAUAUCCGGAUUCACAAACAAAGCCAUCCAACAAAAUUACAAAAAGAAACCCAAUAGAAAGAACCCAUUUAGGGUGGGGUCUUUAUUCAAUAUGUCAUCUUUUGCAAUCAACGCCAAUCUUCAGGAUAAGAUACACCUCCCGCAUGAAAUUUUCCAAUUUCCUGCAAAUGUUCGAACACUUGUGGAUAACUACUUUCAGAUUUUUCACGUUUUGUUUCCCAUGUUGGAUAAGAUCAAUGUCAAGAGGCAACUUCACCACCUCCAGCUGCCCCAUGGAGAUGCGAGACAAGUUGAUUGUAACUUGGUGGCCCUUAUAUGGGCAGUUGUGGCUAUUGGUGAGUCUAGCUCUAACGUCACUGGUGACUUCUCGGCUGGACUAACGUACGCCAAGAAUGCCAUCUUGGCAUUGGAGAAUUCAUUGACAUCGACUAUAGAGACUAUGCAGGCAAUGUUGAUUCUAGGGUUGUUUUACUAUCAAGCUGGUCAAUGGGAUUACUCGUGGGUUUUGAUUAGUUCGAGUUCAAGAAUGGCUAUUGACGUACGAUUGAUGAGAUCAGCUUCCGAUGAAGAGGAUAGCAAGUAUCAAUCAAGUACAACUUUGAACAAUAUCAGUAGGCAGAGAACUUGGGCCAAUGUUUACGUGAUAAAUACCUUGCUUUCGGCAAGAAUGGGCCGUUCACCCGUGGUGCGGGCUUCGGAUUGGCCAAUUCCUCAAAUUGAUACCGAUGGCUGGGAAGAAUAUGAUUCCUGGGAAUGUUAUCAUAUGCCUGAAUCAAUACGACUCGACCACGGGCGGUUUUUGUCCAGUUUCAAUCAGUUUAUCAAGAUUGUGUUUAUUUUGAACCUUGCCAUUACUUCAACAAUCAACACAUCCACGGGCGUUGUUGAUGAUGGGGUUGUUGGUGGAAAAAUCAAUUACGACGAUCGAAGAAACCCCAGUAGCAUGACCAUGGGUAACUUUGAGGCCAAAAUCAAUGAUUUUGUUCGCAACAUGCCUGACUAUUGCCGUUUGAAGGAGCAUUGGAACCCAGCACCGUACCUUGCUAUUGAAGGUGUCAAGCAACUAGUUUGGUGUGUGUUGGUGGUAAGGUUGAGUUCGUUGAAAGGAACCAAUGAUGCGCAUGAGACUUUGAUUAGAACAAGAAAUAAGCAAUACACUAAAGCUAUCCUGGUAUUACGAAAUGUGUACCGACCGGACGUUGUGAAGACGAUAAAGAUUUAUCCGUUUGUGGAUUACAUACUAACUAUGGCGUUAAAUUUUCCCCAGAUGAUGGAGUUCCCAACAGAUCAUGAACGAGUGAUGCAUUGUCGUGAGAUUAGAAGCUUAUUGCUUCAAAAUGCAUCGACGUCGCCACCAAUGAGAAUAUCCGUUGAGAUUUCACAGCAGAUGAACUUGGACUACUUGCAAUUCGACACGCCCAAGGCACAAGAGAGUCCGACAAUUGCUAACUUGUUAAACUCCCCAACUCAAGAACCGCAAAAACCCGUGUUGCCAAAACUGCAACGUAAAUUGAUAAAGAUAGAGGAGGAGGAAAGUUUGGGCAACUCGAAGGAGUCGGCAGGAGAAGAAGCGGAAGUUGAAAGUCAAGCAAGAGCGUUGUUGAGUGGUGUGAAUGCUCUCAGUCCUCCGCCUAUUGGCCCCGAAUUUAAGGAGAAACCCACCCCCGUUGUUCGAUCUUCAUCCUCCGGUCAGUUUGGGGCAAGGGAGGAGCAACAACAAUUUCCAAUGGUUGUUGGUGGUGUAAUGCCUCCCAUACAUCAGUCAGUACAUCACCAGCCAGUACAGCACGAACCCGUCCUACAUCAACAGUCACACCCUCAACCAGUGCAACCUAUUCCUCAUGGAUUGCAGAAAGUACAGUCAAUGCAUCCAUUGCCAAUAAUACAAUCAUCGCCACAGGCUCGGUCAAUACAAUCCAUGCAGCCCAUGCAGCCCAUGCAGCCAUUACAACCAAACCAAGGUCCGAUUUACCCCAUACCUCAGAAAAACUUUCAGUUCUAUCAAAGUCAACAUUGGGUGCCACCGGGAAACAAUAAUGUGCAUCAUCGUAAUUAA